AAUUCUUGAAAAAAUACCAUUGGUAGACACAGCUCUUCAUAGAGCUACUAUAACUUCUGCAUUUGUGAAGCUCUCUUUCUCACUGCUAUCUUUAAUCAGUGUCCCAGAAAACAGAUGAUGAUCCUCAAAGAACAAAUUUAUGGAAAAUUAAGGAUGAAGGGGGUCACAGUAAUUAUACUGACUGGAAUCCUAGCUUUGGGACAAUGUGAGGACCAUGAACAUACACUAGAGAAUGUGGCCCUGAGGGGAAAGGCUUCACAGUCAUCACAGUAUAAUUGUUUAGCUGAAGCCAGGAAUGCAAUUGACGGCAGACGUGACUCAGAAUAUACCUCUGGAUCCUGCACGCACACUAAAAUCCAGGAUGACCCCUGGUGGAGAGUGGAUCUGCUCAAUGUAUACAGCGUGACCUCAGUGACCAUCACUAACAGAGGAGACUGCUGCAGUGAGAGGAUCAAUGGGGCUCAAAUACGCAUUGGGAACUCAAUGGAAAACAAUGGAAACAACAACACAUUGUGUGCUGUGGUGUCCACCAUCCCAGCAGGAAAGUCCAUAACUUUUCAGUGUCAUGGAAUGGAGGGGCGCUAUGUCAAUGUCUUCCAGCCAGGAAGCUCUGAAGUCCUAACUCUAUGUGAGGUGGAAGUCAAUGCAAGCUCUGUUCCUGGGAACAUGGUGAUGGAUCCAGUGACCAGUGAUGGAGAUGAAUUCACAGAGCCAAAGUGUCGAGUUACAACACCAGAUAAUGCAGCAACUGGUGGAAAAGCAACUCAGUCUUCAACUCAACAUUAUGGUGGUGCAGACAGGGCCAUUGACAGAAACCGCAGCCCAUUGUAUGAUGCUCAAACCUGUACUCACACUACAGUUGAAAAAAACCCCUGGUGGAGAGUGGAUCUCCUUAGAAAACACAGAGUCACCUCAGUGACUGUCACUAACAGAGCGGACUGCUGUGCUUCCAGGCUGGACGGAGCAGAGAUCCGUGUAGGGGACUCUUUGGAAAACAAUGGCAAUGACAACCCAGUCUGUGCUGGGAUUUCCCACAUAAAAGGAGGGGAAUCUGUCACCUUCCAGUGCCAUGGGAUGGAGGGACGCUAUGUUAACGUGUUCCUCCCUGGGAGAGAGAGGGUCUUGACUCUUUGUGAGGUGGAGGUGGACGCCAAUGUGAUUCAUAAUGAGAAUGUGGCCCUGAGGGGAAAGGCUUCACAGUCAUCACAGUAUAAUUGUUUAGCUGAAGCCAGGAAUGCAAUUGACGGCAGACGUGACUCAGAAUAUACCUCUGGAUCCUGCACGCACACUAAAAUCCAGGAUGACCCCUGGUGGAGAGUGGAUCUGCUCAAUGUAUACAGCGUGACCUCAGUGGCCAUCACUAACAGAGGAGACUGCUGCAGUGAGAGGAUCAAUGGGGCUCAAAUACGCAUUGGGAACUCAAUGGAAAACAAUGGAAACAACAACACAUUGUGUGCUGUGGUGUCCACCAUCCCAGCAGGAAAGUCCAUAACUUUUCAGUGUCAUGGAAUGGAGGGGCGCUAUGUCAAUGUCUUCCAGCCAGGAAGCUCUGAAGUCCUAACUCUAUGUGAGGUGGAAGUCAAUGCAAGCUCUGUUCCUGGGAACAUGGUGAUGGAUCCAGUGACCAGUGAUGGAGAUGAAUUCACAGAGCCAAAGUGUAGAGUUACAACACCAGAUAAUGCAGCAACUGGUGGAAAAGCAACUCAGUCUUCAACUCAACAUUAUGGUGGUGCAGACAGGGCCAUUGACAGAAACCGCAGCCCAUUGUAUGAUGCUCAAACCUGUACUCACACUACAGUUGAAAAAAACCCCUGGUGGAGAGUGGAUCUCCUUAGAAAACACAGAGUCACCUCAGUGACUGUCACUAACAGAGCGGACUGCUGUGCUUCCAGGCUGGACGGAGCAGAGAUCCGUGUAGGGGACUCUUUGGAAAACAAUGGCAAUGACAACCCAGUCUGUGCUGGGAUUUCCCACAUAAAAGGAGGGGAAUCUGUCACCUUCCAGUGCCAUGGGAUGGAGGGACGCUAUGUUAACGUGUUCCUCCCUGGGAGAGAGAGGGUCUUGACUCUUUGUGAGGUGGAGGUGGACGCCAAUGUGAUUCAUAAUGAGAAUGUGGCCCUGAGGGGAAAGGCUUCACAGUCAUCACAGUAUAAUUGUUUAGCUGAAGCCAGGAAUGCAAUUGACGGCAGACGUGACUCAGAAUAUACCUCUGGAUCCUGCACGCACACUAAAAUCCAGGAUGACCCCUGGUGGAGAGUGGAUCUGCUCAAUGUAUACAGCGUGACCUCAGUGACCAUCACUAACAGAGGAGACUGCUGCAGUGAGAGGAUCAAUGGGGCUCAAAUACGCAUUGGGAACUCAAUGGAAAACAAUGGAAACAACAACACAUUGUGUGCUGUGGUGUCCACCAUCCCAGCAGGAAAGUCCAUAACUUUUCAGUGUCAUGGAAUGGAGGGGCGCUAUGUCAAUGUCUUCCAGCCAGGAAGCUCUGAAGUCCUAACUCUAUGUGAGGUGGAAGUCAAUGCAAGCUCUGUUCCUGGGAACAUGGUGAUGGAUCCAGUGACCAGUGAUGGAGAUGAAUUCACAGAGCCAAAGUGUAGAGUUACAACACCAGAUAAUGCAGCAACUGGUGGAAAAGCAACUCAGUCUUCAACUCAACAUUAUGGUGGUGCAGACAGGGCCAUUGACAGAAACCGCAGCCCAUUGUAUGAUGCUCAAACUUGUACUCACACUACAGUUGAAAAAAACCCCUGGUGGAGAGUGGAUCUCCUUAGAAAACACAGAGUCACCUCAGUGACUGUCACUAACAGAGCGGACUGCUGUGCUUCCAGGCUGGACGGAGCAGAGAUCCGUGUAGGGGACUCUUUGGAAAACAAUGGCAAUGACAACCCAGUCUGUGCUGGGAUUUCCCACAUAAAAGGAGGGGAAUCUGUCACCUUCCAGUGCCAUGGGAUGGAGGGACGCUAUGUUAACGUGUUCCUCCCUGGGAGAGGGAGGGUCUUGACUCUUUGUGAGGUAGAAGUAAAUGGAAGCGCUGUUCUCAAUGGCGCCUGAGGCUGGGAUCCCCACGACAGCGAGAGAGAGAGCACGUACAGGCUGUGGGAAAGGCUGAAAAGUGACCGUGUUUAAUUUCAUUUAUUUGGUCUUUGUUGUUUUAGUUUAUUGUUUUUGCCCAGAUCCUGUGAGGGUGACAGGCGAAGGUUUUUGCAUUUGUUUGUGCUCAAGUGUGCUUAUAUUCUCUUUCUCGCUAUUUGAAUAAAAUGCCAGAGUUAUCCGGAAUCCCCACAU